GAGCCUAGAGGACGUUCUUACCGACCUGGCCACGUCAGCAAGAAUGCCUCCUCUAGUGACACGCAUGCCACGAGCAUCUGACGUGGCAGCACAGGGUCCACGCGCUGCAGAAGCCGCUGCUGACGCAACCAGUGUCAGCACAAACAGCAGCAAAGGCAGCAGCACUUCUGGCAGCAGCAACGCUGGAAAACAUGGAAGGCUGGUUGAAAGAAACGAGACGGAGGCGGCAAAAGUGACGGCUGAGGUGGCAGAGGAAGGGGAGUUAGGGCGUGGCGUGGUGAUAGUGACGGUUUUGUCAGAGGCGUGGAUACCCAUGAUGAAGAUGUUCUUAACGAGGAUAAGACUGGUUGAUGACAGGGAAGAGCGAGACAAGCACAGCCAGCAGCAACAAGAGCAGCAGCAGCAGGAAGAGGGGUACUUACGAGCUGCAGCAGGUGAAUCUGCACAGUCAGAUGCGGAUGACCCAGGCACGGAGCACCGGCCUGAAAUGCGGGGCACGCUGGUGUCUCGCCUGCUCGUGAUCUGCUACGACCACCAUAGCCUCGCCUUCUGCUGCUUGCUCCGCCUGCACUGCUUCCUCGACACUCAGGAUGAUGCUCGGAAGAGUGAGAGGGACGACUUCAGUGGCGGGCAGAAGAAAUUCAUGACCCCCUCGUAUCUGCACCUGAUGUGGAGGCGGCUGCAUGUCAUCAGACAAAUCCUGUCUUUAAGAUUUGAUGCAAUCUUCACAGACAAUGACGUCAUGUGGCUGCAGAACCCCCUUCCCCACAUGCUCCCCAUCCCAUCAGACAUGCUCAUAGCAUGCGAUCGCUGGUCAGAAGACCCCAAGGAGGCAGCAGCCAAUGGCGGAUUCUACAUGGCUCGCAGCAACGACCGUGUGCUGCGAUUCUUCGACUACUGGCUCAAUGCACACACCCGCUUCCCCGGAAUUCACGACCAGGAUGCAUUCAUGCGAGUGCGACCUGAAGCAGACCCACACACCCGCGACACCCUCCGUCUCUCUGUCCACUACCUGCCGACUGACCUCUUUGGCGGUUUCUGCGAGAUCGGGCAGCGGCUGGGGCGGCUGGUCACUGUUCAUGCCAACUGCUGUUUUGGACUGGAGGAAAAGAUGCGAGUGCUACAGCAGGUGGGUUGA